GCCGGGCCAACGCGAAGGGCGUUCCGGUGUCGCUGUCGCCGCCGCCGCCGCCGCCUCCGCCGCCGCCUCCGCCGCCGCCCGGGCCGGGGAGGGCGCGCGUUGGAAGCAGGAAGCGAGCUUGCCGAGGUCGUCGCGGGAGCAGCCGGUACCCCCGCAAGAUGAACCACAAGAGCAAGAAGCGGAUCCGCGAGGCCAAGCGGAGUGCGCGGCCGGAGCUCAAGGACUCGCUGGACUGGACCCGUCACAACUACUACGAGAGCUACUCGCUGAACCCGGCGGCCGUGGCGGAUAACGUGGAAAGGGCAGACGCAUUACAGCUGUCGGUGGAAGAAUUUGUGGAGCGAUAUGAAAGACCUUACAAGCCCGUGGUUCUGCUGAAUGCCCAGGAGGGCUGGUCUGCGCAGGAGAAAUGGACCCUGGAGCGCCUAAAAAGGAAAUACCGGAACCAGAAGUUCAAGUGCGGUGAGGAUAAUGACGGUUACUCAGUGAAGAUGAAGAUGAAAUACUACAUUGAGUACAUGGAGACGACUCGAGAUGACAGCCCCCUUUACAUAUUUGACAGCAGCUAUGGUGAACACCCCAAAAGAAGGAAACUUCUGGAAGACUACAAGGUGCCCAAGUUUUUCACUGAUGACCUUUUCCAGUAUGCUGGGGAGAAACGCAGGCCCCCUUACAGGUGGUUUGUGAUGGGGCCACCACGCUCCGGGACCGGAAUUCACAUCGACCCUCUGGGAACCAGUGCUUGGAACGCCUUGGUUCAGGGCCACAAGCGCUGGUGCCUCUUUCCCACCAGCACGCCCAGGGAGCUCAUCAAGGUGACCCGCGAAGAAGGCGGGAACCAGCAAGACGAAGCUAUUACCUGGUUUAAUGUCAUUCACCCCCGGACACAGCUGCCCACCUGGCCGCCCGAGUUCAAACCCCUGGAGAUCUUACAAAAACCGGGAGAGACCGUCUUCGUACCAGGGGGCUGGUGGCAUGUUGUCCUUAAUCUUGACACCACCAUUGCCAUCACCCAGAACUUUGCCAGCAGCACCAACUUCCCCGUGGUAUGGCACAAGACGGUAAGAGGAAGACCAAAGUUAUCGAGGAAAUGGUACAGGAUCUUGAAGCAAGAGCACCCCGAGCUGGCGGCCCUGGCCGACUCCGUUGACCUCCAGGAGUCCACGGGCAUUGCCUCCGACAGCUCCAGCGACUCCUCCAGCUCCUCCAGCUCCAGCUCGUCUGACUCGGACUCAGAGUGCGAGUCCGGGUCCGAAGGGGACGGCGCGACGCACCGCAGGAAGAAGCGGAGGACGUGCAGCGUGAUGGGGAACGGGGACACCACCUCCCAGGACGACUGUGUGAGCAAAGAGCGCAGCUCCUCCAGGUGACCACGCGUGGCCGCCGUCUGUGCAGGAGGACAUGGCACACGAGGGGCAGGGCCCUGGGGCGGGUCAGCCUUGUGGAGCUGCGGCCGAGGGAAGGGCCGGAGAAGCCGGAGAGCGGGGACACGCUCGGGAUAGGAGGCCGUUCGCUUGGCGUUUGCUGCAGGAGCUCUUUUCUCUGCGACCAGCGCGAGUUAACGUGGCUUCUCUUACGCGUCAAGGCGAGAAUCUGUGUGGAUGGUGCCAAGGAACCCCUUAAUGUUAUUUAAUAAAAAUUCAAUCCAUUUUA